AACUCCAAGUGUUUCCCGACAGGUUUGUGGUCUGCGUAAGUCAGCUUGCAUUCAGUCGUGAUCUUUUGACAAGUCAGAGUGAAGAGUUGCAGCCGGGAAGAGCUCUCCAUGGAGCAUCGGGGCAUCAUACUGGCUGUGUGGAACAACUACUUCCUCCUGGGGCAGAGCCCAGGAGAAACGUUCUGCAAGAAAUUGCGAACAGAACUGAGACAAAAAGCAGUGCCGUGAGCAGAUCUCGGAGCCACAGGGACAGUGUGGGCGCACCCAGUGACUCGGGGGCUGCAGAGGGAGCGUGGAGGAGGGGCGGCCGGCCAGCCUCCUCCAGCCCCCCGGCCACGGGACAGGCGGAGGACAACAGGAAGGCAUCUGAGACCCACCAGGGGCUUCCUGCUCUGAAGCUGGAGAAAGGUCAUCAGGCCUGGCCAGGAGCAGCAGAAACCUCAUCCCAGGGUGCGGUUGCAGACCGGGCUUCUAAGCAGGAGCCUUGUCUGUGGCUGUGAGUCAGCAUUCUUGGGUCCAAAGCAAGAGUCCACGAAGGGCCAGAGCACCGCAGAAACGCAGGAAGCACAACCCUGCAGAAGACGCUGGCCACCACAAGACAGUUUCUCUUGAAAGUGAUCGAUUAGUCCCGAGGGAAAUAAUAGUGGGGGAAGAAAGCAAAGCUGUCAGGGUCCUGCCAACUUGAGAGCUGUCAGAUCUGGGGUAACUUUUGAAACAAGAUUUGGCAGAAACUGCAUUAAUGAAGAGUUGCAUGUUUUGGAAAACUCUCUCCUCCAGACAUCUUACAAAAAAUAAGCCAGGGGCAGGCACAACUCAGCCACAAACACUGAAAGCUUAACUCUGACUCAGGGCAGCCCAACCAAAAAAGAAAAGGAUGGAAGCAGCUACUUGCUCACAGAAGAGGAUUGCAACCCCGGCGUCAAGGAUGUCCUGACCAGACCUGGGACAAGUGAGCAAUGUGCCUAGAAGCCAUGACUUAAAGGAAUUCAAAUGACCAUUUUCAGUAGAAAAUAUGUACCUGCAUUGGGCUUAACUUUCAAAGCAGCAGCCUCCAGGAGAUUGUUCUGACAGCACCGCUCCUUUCUGGUUCACACUUUAACGUCAGAAACUCACUUUAGUGACAAAUAGCCAUUGGCUUUGUUGGCAGUGACAGCAUCCAUAGAGGAAGCACAUGAAGAAACCAGUGGUGCGCCUCAUCACAUCCUUGCAUGAAGCUCGCAGUGACCGUGGUGCUCUCUUUGCUGGCCAGUCUUCCUGCCCUGCAGCCUGAGUCAGGCAGCAGUGGAGGAACAGGCUUGCGGGUCACCCCGUCUGCUUGCGGCCCUAGCGUCAUAUCUGAAAGUGUGUAAGAAAGGCAGAGCCUGGGCCCCCCCUCAGACCUACAGAGUGAGAAACUGGGUGAUUCUGAAACCUGCUUGAGGUUGGCAACCCCCGGGCUAUUUGGAGAGUCACUGGGAUUGAUUUCCUGCAGCCUGACUGUCCUGGCCCCCAGCGUAUCAGCAGGGCCCACGUGUAGACCUGGCAACCGUCACGCCCCCUCAGGUGUGAAGCACUCUGUUCCCAGGUCCUUAAGCAUGGUGGCCAUAGUGCCCGGGAGCUGUGCCUUUGCGCUCAGAGUUGGAGGACAUUUACAUAUAAUUUGGCCUGGCAUUAGGGGGAGAUGUCAGAGAGGCUUGUUCUUUCUUGUAGUUCAGGCAUGUCCCUGCCCCUUGCCCCUGCCCCCACCUUUAAGACUCUGGUUAAGUUCAGAACAGAUCCAAGUCCCAGGGGAAUUCAGUGGGCAGAGUUUGCAGUUUCCCACUUGGAAGCCUUCACAGGCAGUUUAGAUUUCAAACCAGGAGCCUUCCAUUUGCAGGAUCACCCACUGUUGUCUCCAGUGGGCUUGCUGAAAUGUCAUGCAGUGAAUCAUAGCAAUGACUUAUUUUGGAUGGACAACUACAGUAGAUUUUCUUAACCGAGUUUUAUUCUGAAAUAAGGAAGGAAACUAUUCAAAGGCCACCCAUCAAAUGUGUCUUUUUUUCCUGUUCAACAUUGGGUGGUCCUUUGAAAGUAAUACCUCCUCCUUAGUAACACGGAAAAUCAAAAUAUUCCCCACAGUGUAGGAGUUAGCAAAAAAAAAAAAACAGAAAAA